UAGUCCUGCUGGCCACUCUAUUCCUGGUACGGGCCAGGAUGCUAUAAAGCCCUGUGCCAAAGAGACACAGCACAGUGAGCGGGCUGGCUGCUGAUGCUGCAUUCCCGUUGUGUCAGGUACAGCACACUGCAGGCUGCUGAGAUACAUCCCAAAUACACAAACACCUUGUGCCAUUUCAAACCUGGUAAUAUGUGAAUAAUUAAAAGUGCAGAUCAAAGUCAGCAGUCAAAAUGGAUAUUUAAAAGUCCCAAUAUCUGACACUUUGAAAUUCCAGCCCAGGCUGUAAAGUGUUGGGUGUGUUUCUGAUGUGCGGAGCGGUGCAGGCACAGGUCACGCUGCUGGCUGGGCCCUGCUCCACACAGUGGUUUGUUGAGGGUGCAAAGUGACAGUGAGAGGAUGCACAGAAGUGCCAUUGCAGGGCAUUGUCUUCUCUGCACUGAACAGACUUCAUCUGUUGGUAAGAAGGAAACAUGAAAGCAGCCGAGGCAGUACCAGUGCUGGAGUUAGAAGGCUGGUCACAGUUGCUGAAGGCGCUCAAGGGCUGCGGGUGGCUGGAACCACAAGGUGUGCAAGAGGGACUGGCUGCCAACUUCAGAGCAUUGACAAAGACUCUCUAUGAUUUGAAUAAAGGAAACAACAUCGUGCCUGGGGGUCCUCUAAAAGAGCUGGUGAUCGAAAACUUUGAUGAGGAACAGAUUUGGCAACAACUGGAGCUCCGGAACAGUGCAGUUCUCGAUUUCUUCAGGAAAUCCAUUGCCAGGGAUGCCAAGGAUGAUGAUCUUUGCCUUCUCUCGGACCAGGAAGAGGAUGGCUCUGAUGCAGAGCCCAGCAGUGAGGAGGAAUUGGAAGACAACACAGUGGAAGCAGAAGCUGAACAGAAGGAUGUUUAUACAAAAGAUAUAACUAAAGCUAAAGAAAAGCAAAGUAAACUCAGAGAAAGCAUAAUGCAGAAAUACAGUGAUGAGGAUUCUGAUAUUGACUUUGAUAUUGAAGCACUGGAGCAACAAACUAAAACGGCCAAGGAAACCACAUUGAAAAAAGUGGGAAGAAAAUCUGUAGUGGAUGACAAGUUUUUCAAGCUGGCUGAGAUGGAAGCUUUUUUAGAACAGGCAGAGAAGGAAGAUGAGGAGGAGGAAGAUGAUAUUAAUUAUUUUGAAGACAUUAUCUCAGAUGAUGAGGAAGAAGAGUCAGAAGAUGCUAAAGUCAAACCAAUUAAAAGUUCUAGAGAUAUGACAUACAAAGAUUUCUUUGAUCCAGUUGAUGGUGAUGAUGGUGACUUAGUAGGUAGUGACAUUGAAGAUGGUCAGGAAGAGGAAGCAGACAGUGCAGUUGAAGAGCAAAAUGAAGAAAGCAUGUCUGAGUUUGAGGAUAUGGAUGAAAUGGUGGAGAAUAUGAGAAGUAAAGAAGCAUCUAAAAAAGUUACUUUUAGUUUGCCAGAUGACAGUGACACAGAAGAUGUGACUGAAAUGCAAUUAGAGAAGGGCAUUGAGCCCAGUGAAACAAAGUCAUCUUUUGAGAAGAGGCAGGAGAAGAUGAGCAAGAAAAUCAAAACUUUAGAAGAAGAGUUGUUAGAGGAGAAACCUUGGCAGCUUAAAGGAGAAGUGACUGGACAAAAACGACCUGAGAACAGCCUUCUGGAGGAAACAGUGCUCUUUGACCAUGCAGUCCGAAUGGCACCUGUGAUUACAGAAGAAACUACUUUUCAGCUUGAAGAUGUCAUUAAACAGAGAAUAUUGGAUGAGGCGUGGGAUGAUGUGGUACCAAAAGAAAAACCGAAAGAGGAGGCUUUUGAAUACAAGAAACGUAUCACUUUGGAUCAUGAAAAGAGUAAGCUGAGUCUUGCUGAAAUCUAUGAGCAAGAAUAUGUGAAACUUCACCAGCAAAAGACUGAAGAGGAAGAAAAUCCUGAACACAAAGAAAUUCAGGAAAUGAUGGACUCGCUCUUCCUGAAGCUGGAUGCACUCUGUAACUUCCACUUCACACCCAAACCACCGGUACCAGAAGUUAAAAUAGUUUCCAACCUUCCAGCCAUAAGUAUGGAAGAAGUGGCCCCUGUUGCUGUCAGUGAUGCUGCUCUCUUAGCACCAGAGGAGAUCAAGGAAAAGAACAAAGCUGGAGAUGUAAAAACAAAUGCAGAAAAGACUCCCACGGACAAAAAACGAGAACUAAGAAGGAAAAAGCUCCGCAAACGUAUGAGGCGAAGGGAGAGGGAGAAACGCCAAAAGCUUCUAGAAAAGAUGAAACCAGAGCAAGGCACAAAACUCAGCAAAAAAGCUGCUGCAGCAAAAUUAAAACAGCUCACAAAAGAAGGCAAAGCAUCUCUGCUCAAGGAUGAAGGUAAAGACAAGGCCUUGAAAUCAUCCCAGGCCUUCUUUUCUCAACUGCAAGAUCAAGUAAAAAUGCAAAUCAAAGAUGCAAGCAAAUUAAAGAAGAAACAGAAGAAGGAGAAAACACUCUCUGUUCAUAAAUUGAAGUUGUAAUUUGCCUUUUUAUAUAUGUUGCAUCUUGUAUAUAUUAAAACGUUUCUUUAUCAAUGCUGAAUUUGA